GGGCCACCGGGAAGCCGUCAAGCGGCUCGGCAAACAGGAGCUGUGGUACCGCAGCGGCUGGAUGUCCACCUCGCCCGUGGCGAGCCUCAAGGUGGCGAUGCGCGUCAAGAAGGUCGACGGCACGGCGGAGGCGACAGCUGUGGACGAGAGCCGCCUGGCAAUGUGGAACGACCUCUUCAAGCACGACCUGAGCAUCAAGCUGGCGGACCUCAUGGCCGCAGGCGCGUCGUUCAACGUCGACGUCAGCACCGACGGCAUCACGCUGGACUUCGGCGGCUUCCCGCCACUGAUCCCGCGGGUGAUCGACGCCGUGCUCGCUGGCUUCAAGUCUGGAGUGGAUGUCGCGAACCAGGACGGCACACCCAAGGGGCAGUUCACGCGCCUGUUCAAGCAGUACGAGGACGGCCUCCAGGAUUUCUCCGACAUGCCCGUCCACUACGCGCUCGAGGACCGCAACCUGCUGCUGGCGGUGGGGAGCAGCUCCAAGGCCGAGACCCUCGCGUCCCUGCGCGAGGUGACCCCGCAGAAUACGAAGCACGCUUUCAUGGAGCUGGUCAUGGCAAAGCCGCUGGAGGUCCUUGCCAUGGGAAUGGGGAACAUCGAUGACGACUACGUCCGAAGGACGAUGGACCUCUUCGACGAGACCCUCGGCCAGCAGUUCGACCGCCCCCCGCACGACGAGGGCAAGGUGGAGGCCGUGGCCCCGAUCGUCAGCCCCGGGGUGCCCGCGGAGCUGCGCAGGGCGAACCCGAGGGCCGGUGACGGCAACGACGCCGUGGUGGUCAGCAUCAUCUUGGGCGUGAGCACCGUGAAGAAGCGCGUCAUCAACCACAUGCUGGGGUCGAUCUUGGG